AUGCAAUGUGUGCAAGCAAUCCUUUUGCUGUUGCCUCUUUGCACCAACACUGGCUGUCCAUCAUUCAUCAUUCACAAGAAAUGCCUUGAUGAGUUACCCACUGAAAUUGAUCACCCUACACAUCGCUUACACCCUCUUAUUCUUAACCGUAGUGAUAGUGAUUACUUGUGCAACCUAUGCCAAAAGCAACAUUCUGGACCUUUUUACAGUUGUUCUCUUUGCCAUUUUAACAUCAAUGUUAAAUGUGCUUGGCCGAGGUCUACUGUUGAAGAUAAAAGCUGCCAUCAGCACCUAUUCUCCUUACUUUGGAGACAAGGUUCAUUCAUUUGUGAUGCAUGUGGCACUGAGGGAAAUUAUAUUUCUUGUAUAUGUUUGAAAUGUUGCAUCGAAGUCCACAAGAAAUGCACUUCACUCCCUCACAUUAUCAAAUUUUCUCGACAUGAUCACUGCAUUUUUCACAAACAUUUUCUUCAAACACGAGAGCUUACAAGGCAAGAUUGCAAGAUUUGUUUUAGUGAAGUAAAACUAGAUCGUGGGAGUUACUCUUGUAGGAAGCCAGGUUGCAAUUACGUUGUCUAUGUGAAUUGUGUCUUAGAGGAUUAUACGUUGUACGAGGUAAUUGAGGACGAAAAGCAAUUUGAGGAGCUUGAAGAAAAAUCUAUACAGUCUUCCAUCAUUCGUGUUAUUGAGGUGAAUGAAGCUGGGGAAGCUACAAAGAUUCAACAUUUCAGUCAUCAACAUUGCUUGGUGUUAGCAGACAAGAUGGAGGAAGAAAUUGAUAGAAAAUGUGAAGGGUGCAUGCUACCUAUCUCAAAUAUUUUCUAUUGUUGUUCAGAAUGCCCCUUUUUCUUCAUAAAACCUGUGCUGAAUUGCCAAGAAUCAAGCAACAUUGGUUUCAUCAAAGCAAUGCCACCCUCAAGUAUUUCGACAGAUACAAAUGGUGUAACUUUCGCCGUCGAGUUUGUACUGGUUUGUUAUACGACAUUAGAGGAUACUGGAACAUGUGCUUAA